AUGCUGCAUCCUAACUGCUAAAUUAGCAUUGCUAAUGAUGUGCCAUAUUUUAAUAACUAUGGCAUCGAUUGUUUUUAAUUAGUUGCACAUUGAAUAACGUAUAAAACAUAUGUUUAUUGAUUUGAUUGGAGGUAAGAGUAAUGGCAGCGAAGAAGUGGAAUAAAGUGAUACUUUUCGGCGAUUCUUUAACUCAGAGGGCUUUCGAGCCGUCGGACGGUCUUUGGGGCUCAUUAUUGGCCGACAAAUUGCAAAGAGUGAGUGAUGUUAUUGUCCGCGGAUUUUCCGGUUAUAACAGUCGAUGGCUUCGUAUGAUUUGUGAUCAAAUUUUUGACAAAACAAUGAACGCCUCAGAGGUGUCGUGUCUGACCAUACUUUUGGGAGCCAACGAUUCCUGCGACGCCCCGUCUCAACAACACGUCCCGAUCGACGAGUUUGCAGACAAUUUAAGCUCAAUUAUCGAUCAUUUGGAGACCACUGGCAUCACUAGAGAGCGGAUCCUUUUGAUGUCUCCACCCGUUUAUUGUCAUCAAAAGUUUACAGAUUUCUGUCGACAAAAUGGUAAAACAUUGCCUCAAAAAGACGAGCAAACGGUCGCUAAAUAUGCGGAAGCGGUCGGACGUACGGCACAUAAAAGCGGUGUUGAAUUCAUUGAUUUAUUCCAACACUUCUCUAAACAACAAAAUAAAGAGCAAUUGUUUUGCGAUGGACUUCACUUCUCACGCAUUGGAUCUCAACUUCUUUUUCAAUUAAUUUGGCCGUCAAUUGAGAAAAGAGUUCAAAACCAUAACCAGUCCUCAGAUCUGAUCCCUAUUUUCCCACAGUUUGAAGAUAUUGACAGAAAGAAUCCUCAAAAGUCUUUAUUGAAAUAAACUUUUAUUAUAAAUUCUGAA